AUGCGCUCUCCUAGAUCUCGCUCACCAUCCCGCUCACCUUCGAGGUCAUAUGGAAGCAGAUACAGCGUUCCCUAUUCAUCUAGGAGACCAUCCCCCGAUUAUCCUUACCGUCAUCGAGAGACUGACUAUUCCCCAUAUGCUUACUCAAGGUCUUGGUCACCUCAUUCUUGUCGCUGCCGUACCUCGCAGCAUGGGCACCAGUCGCCAGUGGGUCCACCGCAACAGUUGGUUCAAACCCAAAGGAUUCAGGCAGCUGCUCCCUCACCUCCUCCUCAAAUGUCUGAUCCUGAGGAGGGUCAAAUUUCAGAUGAGGAUGCCCCCUCGCACGCAAUAUCUUCACCUGACGUUGCCUCAUCCUCUCCGGACGAAGCGGUGUUUCAAGGGAACGAUUCACCCCCGGACGACAGUCGGGAGUUCCAAGAUCUUUUUAAGCAAGUAGCUGACACGCAGAACGUUCAUGCGGCGGACGUUCAGAUGAAGCACUACAAAUUUCUUAAAAACCUGCAUCCCAAGCAACAGUCCAGAGCAGCGCUCCCAAUUGAUGAGGCGAUCCUUGAACCAGCCUCGGAGGCGAUCCUUGAACCAGCCUCAGAAAUAUGGCACACCCCGGCCUCUGUCCCGCCCACAUCCAAACGGGUAGAGAAGAGAUAUUUUGUACCUUCUAAGGGCUUAGAGUUUCUUUUUACUCAUCCCCAACCGAACUCAUUGAUAGUGGACGCAGCCCUGAAUCGAGCUAAGAACCCGCAGGCGAGGAAUGCGACAGCGGAGAAAGAAGCGAAGAAAUUGGACAUAUUUGGUAGAAAGGUCUACUCAUCCUCUACCCUUCUUCUUCGCAUUGCCAAUUAUGCAGCGCUACUGUCCAAUCAUGGGUUUGACAACAUAGCCAAGCUAUCGGGUCUGGCCCAGAAUGCCUCCGAGGAGGAUAAAGCCAUUCUGCGCGCGGUGGUGCAGGAAGGAUACGCUUGCUCUCGUGCCAGUCUCCAGAUAGCCAUGGAUGUUGCGGACACGGCUGCGAGAUCAAUAGCCACCGCGAUAUCCAUGCGUAGAGCUUCAUGGCUGGCGGCGGCGGGUGCUCCGAGAGACCUUCAGGCGAAAGUUGAAGACCUCCCGUUCGACAAAUUAAAAUUGUUUGCGGACAAAACGGAUGAACUACUUCACACCGGGAAGGACUCCCGGACGACCCUUCGUAUGCUGGGCAUGUACGUCCCACCGUUCCGCCGCCGGAGGUUCUUCCCAUACCAGAGGCGAUAUGAUUUUCAAUUUCAGAGACAACAACCUCGUCCGUUUGAUCACACCCGAUCCAAACAGAGGCCGCAACGCCGGCACCCGCAACCUUCCAGGGCGAAUAACCAUCCGCAGACCAAACAACAGGUUUGACGUGUCUAUCGAGGGCGCAGUCGUACCAGUCGCAACCGCAAUUACUACCAAUACUUCUCCCAUCUUCCAUCAUCGUCUUCGGCCUUAUUAUCAUCGUUGGGCCGCAAUAACCACCGACAAAUGGGUAUUGGACAUAGUGAAAUCAGGUUUCACCAUCCCCUUUACUUCAGUGCCCCCUACCCACCCACCAACCCCGUCCCUUUUCAGGGACCCCUCUCACGAGACUCUUUUGC